UGCGCCACCAUGGGUGUUGUCGAAUAUUUCGAAGGCAAGAAUGUGUUCAUGACGGGCGGCAGCGGUUUCGUAGGCAAAGUCCUCAUCGAGAAGCUGCUGAGGUCCUGCCCGAGGAUCGGCACCGUCUACGUCCUGUUGCGCCCGAAGAAGGGCAAGAGCAUGGAGAGCCGAUUGGAGACCAUCAAGGCGAUGCCGCUGUUCGAUAAGUUGAGAGAAGAAAACCCGGCCAGUUUCGAUAAAAUUGUACCGAUAGCCGGUGAUAUCGAGGAGCUGAAUCUUGGUAUAAGCGAGGCUGACCGUCGAUUGUUGAUCGAAAACGUGCACAUAAUUUACCACACCGCGGCGUCGGUGCGUUUCGACGACUUCUUAAAAAAAGCCAUCAUCAUCAACGUCAGAGGUACCAGGGAAAUCGCCAAAAUUGCUCUAGAACUAAAGAACAUCAGCCUAUUCGUCCACGUGUCGACCACCUACUGUAACACAGACAAACCUGUGGUGGAGGAGAAGCUGUAUCCAGCGCACACCGAUUGGCGAGACGCCAUAAAAAUCGCCGAAGAAGGCGACGAAAGCCUCGUAAACACCAUGGCUUUGAAAUAUAUGGAUCCUCUACCAAAUUCCUACACCUUUGCCAAGUCCUUGGCCGAGCACGUGGUCAACGAUUUGUGUUUAGGAAAGAUACCCACGAUCAUAUUGAGACCAUCGGUCGUAAUUCCCACCAUAAGCGAACCCAUACCUGGAUGGUCCGAUAAUUUCAACGGCCCAAUGGGUCUACUCGUAGCAGGAGGAAAAGGGUUACUAAGGGUAGUACUGGGUAAUCGUUCCAUAAAUCUCGAUUACAUGCCCGUCGAUUACAUAGUCAAAGGAAUGCUAGUGGCAACGUACAAAUACGGAUCGCUAAACAGGAACCUGGAGGAAGUAGCCGUCGUCAACGCCGCGCAGAACAACCUAGCCAACACCACGAUCGGCGAGAUGCUGGACAUGGGCGCCGAGCUGGUCCAGUACUCCCCCUACAACGUGAUCCUGUGGUACCCGAGGUUCAGCAUCACCGGAUGCUGGUACAGCUACUUCAUCCAGGUGCUGCUCUUCCACAUGCUGCCCGCCUUCUUCUUGGACAUCGUGCUGCGGCUCGUCGGCAGGAAGCCCAUGUUGAUAAACAUACAGAGGAAAAUAUACAUAGCGAACAAUAUUUUGUUCUAUUUUAUGAACAACAGUUGGAAGUUCUCGAACCAGAAGAUGCUCGAUGUGAUGAACGUGUUGGGCGAUGAGAAGGAAAGGCAAACGUUCGGGGUGGAUUUGAACGAUUUCACGCACGAGUUUAAAUUCGAGUACUUCAAAAACGGGAAGAGGGGGUCCGCAAUAUAUAUAUUGAAGGAGGAAUUCGACAAGGAGAAGGGAAAGAAACUCUUGGGAAGGUUGCGAGUUUUGGAUUACACCGUCAGAACGAUAUUUUUCACGUUCGUGUUUUGGUAUUUGUUUUGCAAAGUGGAAAUUUUCAGAGUGAUCAUGGUUGGAUUGGAAAAUUAUUUUCGCCGUUUGAACUAAUACGCAAUCGCGUGAUUUUUUUAUUUAUUUCUUCAUAACCAAGUAUUUUUGUGUUAUUCUCAAAAUUAUACGUAGUUAAGUAGACACUUAUAAUAUAACAGAUUAAUUAAUAAACAUUUUUUAUUGAA